AUGGCUUCGAAGAAGGGUGAAGAUAAGGAAUUUGGCCCUCUGAAGGACAGAUGGUUAAGGGAAAAUGGAUAUGAUGGGAAUAAUAGGAAAGCGGUGGAGACAAAGCUAUACAAUGCAAUAGUGCCUUGGGUGAAUGCAUUUGUUAAAGGAAUGAAUAAUGAUGGUAGUAGUGGACUUGCCGGACAACUAUGCGAAGAAAUGAAAGGGCAGAACAAAAUAAGUACGGACGACGAGAAAAAAGUAUGUAAUUUUAUUGCACAGAACUUAUGGAAGAUCCAAAACAUUAGAGGAAGUAAAUGUAAUGAAGAAAACGUUAAUAAAGAAAUGGAGGAGUAUGUGUAUUGUACAAUAAUGACCUUAUGGUCCACUUUAUACUUAUCUUCACAUUGCGAUAAGGAGAAUGUUAUAAGUACUAUAUUUAAGGAAAUGAAAAAUAUGAACGAACAACUUAAUACAGUAGGGACUCUGAGUGCAUUGAGUCCUGGAACUCAAUGUGAAGGAUGUACGUAUGGAAAUUUAGAGCAGAUGGAAGUAAACACUAUCAAGAUGUUAGGAUAUAUUCAAUUUGCUAUGAAGAAGAAUACCGAUGUUAUGGAAUUAAUAAAUAAAGAACCGAGGAAACCAUGUCCAACACAGAACAAUUCUGUAUCAGGAGUAGGUCAUUCCGAUAAGAGCAGUGGAGUGGGUGCAGGGAAUUCAGCGGACCGGGAACCGGAGGGAAAAAAAAUGAGCAAAGCGGAUUUUAAAUUCAUAACCAACUUAUUGGUACAAUGGAUAAAAGCGAAGGGUAUAGACAAAUUGGACAACUUUAAGGAUGAAAUAUGGAAGAAAUUAGAUGAAAUAUUCAGGGACAUGAUGGAGAAUAUUGGUGAAAAUACGGAAACAGAAAAUACAUUCUGUGGUAUGGAGGAAGACAAUGGUAUAGGUGGAUUAAAAGGGUCCGUAGAGAAGGAAUUAUGCAAAAUAUUAAUACAAAUCUUCUUCUGGAUAAAUGGAUUAGAACUGAAAUAUCAACGGAAAAAUAACGUAGGGUGGCAAUGGAAACCGAAAGAGUGGAAGAAAAGGGAAAGUGAACAAGAAAAAGAAUUGCAGGCCUACCUAAGAUGUCUAGUGGGCCACGUUACCUUGAUGAGAAUGUUAGGAAUGCACUGUGCUCUGGAUAAAGUAGCGGAACAUGUGGGACAGGCUGUAGACAGUUAUAUAAAUUUCGUGGAAGAGGGAGAUCAAUAUGGAAAAUGUAAGAACGUCGAUGUUAGCAGUGUAAGAAUGGGUGGUAGGUUAAUAUGGGAACAGUUGGAACAGUGGAUAAAUACAUAUAGCAGGCCAUAUAAUGCAACAAAAGGAUUGCAGGCAGUUUCAAAAAUGAAUACCGCACUACACAGAAUAAAGAAAAAAGGGGAAACAAAUUGUCCCAAAGGAAUAGAAAGUAAAGCGGACACUUUAGAAUUAUUAGGAAUACAUGGUGGGGAUAAGGAACCAGACAUAAGGAAGGAUACUGAAACUUGGAAGAAAAACGCUUUGGGGGAAAUAUUAAAGGAAGCAGAUAGAAACAAGGAGGACGUUGAUGGAUUUCAGAAAAAGAUGGAAAGUAUAAAUGACAACCUGCAGCAGAAUUUUCAGGAGUCAAAGAACAAAGGUGCAGAACAAUUAGGAAGAAGUGAAGACGACAGUGAACUUCCUCCUCCACCAAUUCAAUCAUCCCAAAAUGAUGACUGCACCAACAAGGGUGACCUAUGUACCCGCGUAAAUUGCGUAACAAAGAAAUGGGGUAUAAACAGAGGUCAGGAUCCAACCUGGAAUAAUAUGGAGAAUGAUAUUAACAACAUCGCCACAGAAAUGUUUAAAGAAAUAUCUACAAAUAGCACAAAAAUGAAAAGUUACUGUGCUGAUAAAAAAACAGAGACAGAUAGUAGAAGAGUCACUGCCCCAGAGAUAAAGGCAUGCCACUAUAUUACUGCAGGAUUACAGCACAUAUACGAUAUUGAAAUAGAUCCUAGUGAUUUAAAUAAUGGGGAUAAAACAAAAACUGCAGAGCAGAAAAAGAAGGAAGCAGAGGACAACAGGUUGUUUAAGCAAACUGUGUCAUGCUUAGUUCUAAACGCUUAUGCUGAUAGAUUGAAACAGCUCGUUAAAUCCCCCUGUGAAGUCAGUGAGCAAACAAUAGAACAAGCAUUUAAGAAAGGGAAUGACCAGUUUAAUAAGGGGUGUAUGGGAAAGAAGAAUGGUUAUCCAUGUGUUGAAUGUAAAUGGGAUGGAAACUAUAAAAAUUGUAAAAUAGGCGAUAAAAAAGAAACGGUGGGUUCUAAUUUGGAUGCCUUGCUCCAGAAGAAUACAGAAAAAGAAAAAUUAGAUCAAGAUAUAAGUUCUACAUUUAACUCCUUAUGUGAUCGCACCCAGUGUGUAAUAACACAGUGGACCAGGGACAGAAGGGAAGAGCGCAAAGCGCAGGCCAAAAAUAUUUGGGAGAAUCAAAGUUGGAAUGAUAUAAUGAAAACGAUCGACCCUCUUGCCAAGGCCAUGCUUCAGCCAGAUACCACAGUGCAUAGUUACUGCAAAGGAAUGAAAGCGGAGAAGGAAGCAGCAUGCAAGCAAAUUGUCAGUGGACUGAAGCAUAUAUACAAUAUUGAAGCAGAUGACAAGGACUAUCCCAAUCAUAAGGAAAAUUACAGAAUUUUUAAGCAAACUAUGGAAUGCUUUAUAUUAAAUGUGUACUCAGAUCUUAUUAAGGAAAAGUGUCCAGAGGUAAAUAACAGCGUACAGCAGUUUUUUAAUUUAGGAGAGGAUCUUCACACAACUGAAUGUAAUGGGAAUAAUAAAUGUGAUCAAUGUAAAUGGGACUCAUGUGCGCAUAUGAUUUUCCGUGGAAAGAGUCUACGAGAAGAAAUAAAAAAGGAGCUCGAGAAGAAAGAAGAAAUAACACAAAUUCUACAGAAGAUCUGUCCUAAGGCUGCAGUCAAACCACCCGCUGCACCCUCCCAGACAAAGGUAGACCAACGAAGUGGGGAUACGGAGACAACACAGCAAAUUCCAGGUAAGGAUUCAGCACCUCUACAUGUACCUGCAGAACCAGAACCAAAGGAAAAAACACAACAUGAAAGUAAUGCAGGUAAGUGUAAUGAAACGGACAGCCUCGAUGGGGGUGUAGAACUUUGUGCUAAGAAUCCCAUUGGUGAAAUAGGUACCCGGCCUGGUGAAGUUCAGAUUAGUACUUUUUCCACACCACAAAGGAAUGAUGACGAUCUUCCUGAUGGAAUUGAUCCCUCCCUAAUUCGGGAGGGCAUAAUAACACUUGAUCCUACCCCUACACAUGCAGAUUCCCAAACUCCAAGCACAGGAACAGACACGGAAACUCCUUCGGGUUCCGCAUUAGGGCCCGUACCCCAAAUUCCAGGUUCAGGUGAACAAAGUGAUCAAACCAAAGGAACUGUGCAGGGUCCUGGUGCUAGUGCUGAUGGUUCUGGCUCACAGGUCCCAACAGAAACGAAGCAAGCGGGUGCAGUUGAUACUACAUCAGGAACUAAUAAUGAUAACCCAUCUGGACCGCACCCUCCCACUAUUAACUCUAACCCGGACCAGACAAGUGCUGGUCAGGGUGGCCUAGGUGGUUCUCAUACUUCACAAGGUGGUGUCCCACCUGCUACCAGUGGUGCCGUACCUGGUCCAACUGCUCCUGUUGUCCCCGCAGCUUCACCAAGUCCAUCAGCGGACGAAUCAGCGUCUGUUACAACAGCAACACGUACACCAACAGCAGCACCAGUUCAUAACAAAAUCAACCCUUCUGAUCUUACCCCAUAUCUUCCUACCAUUCCUGUAUUCCUUGCUACCUCUGUCAUAAGUUAUCUCCUUUGGAAGUAUUUUUUCUUUGGUAAAAAAAGAAAACGUUACAGAAGAACUCAUCAAGUGUCUGGUCAUCCUUCCUUACAAGAACAGAUUAUUGACCCUGUGGACGACCACGAUGGUCCACAUGAAUAUACAUUAGUAAAGAAACGCAGACAACCAAGAUCUGCUCCAACAAAAACGAAGAGGUCAAAAAAACAGGGCGUUGAUCGCCAUGUGUGUCACCGCACCAUUAUUGAUAUUCAUUUAGAAGUCUUAGACGAAUGUCAAAAAGUGGACCUGCAUUCGACGAAGGAAGACUUUUUUGAAAUUUUGGUUCAAGAAUUUACGGGAAGCAAAUUUAUAGAGGAAGAAAAGGUCCCUAAGGAAUAUGUUCCUAAGGAAGAGGUUCCAAGUUCAGAUUCCGGGUUUAGGGAGGAAGACCUUGUUUCUGUGGAAUGUGUUCCUGAAGAAGAUGUUCGUGAGGAACAUGUUCCAAGUUCAGAUUCCGGGUUUAGGGUGUAG